UCCAGCAUGCUUCGUAAACUCACCCUUGACCAGAUCAACGACUGGUUUACCAUCGGCAAGACCGUGACGAAUGUGGAGCUGCUGGGCUCGCCGCCUGCUUUUCCGGCCGAGGCGGCCCGGGAGGAGGCUCAGCGCAAGGACGCGGCCCCGGGCGCGAGCUCUGCUGCCCAGGCCCAGGCCCCGGCCCAGGCCCAGGCCCAGACUCCGGUUCUGGCCCCAGCCCCAGCUCCCGCUCCGGCGCGGUCGGCAGCGGCGUUCGGAAGGUCACUCAGCCAAAAGACCUCGGAAAUGGAGUAUAUCAACAAAUACAGACAACUGGAAGCACAAGAAUUUGAUUUGUAUGGCAGUGACCAACCGAACAGUGGGCCAGGUCCAAGGCCAACUUUGGCUAAAUUAAGCAAUAUGACGUGUGUCCCAGAGACAACUUACAAGUAUCCUGAUUUGCCUAUAAAUCGAUGUAAGGAAGAGGUGAUUUCCCUGAUAGAGAGUAACUCUGUGGUGAUUAUUCAUGGCGCCACGGGGAGUGGCAAAAGCACACAGCUCCCACAGUGCGUCCUGGACCAUCACAUUCAGCGCUCUGCCUACUGCAACAUUGUGGUCACCCAGCCACGGAAGAUUGGGGCCAGCAGCAUCGCCAGGUGGAUCAGCAGGGAGCGGGCGUGGACCCUGGGGGGCCUGGUGGGCUAUCAGGUAGGGCUAGAGAAAAUAGCGACGGAGGACACUAAGUUAAUUUAUAUGACAACUGGAGUCCUGCUUCAGAAAAUAGUUAGCGCCAAGAGUUUGAUGGAAUUCACUCACGUUUUCAUCGAUGAAGUACAUGAGCGAACUGAAGAAAUGGAUUUCCUGCUCUUGGUAGUCCGCAAACUUUUAAGAACAAAUUCUCGUUUUGUGAAGGUUGUCCUCAUGUCAGCCACCAUCAACUGUAAGGAGUUUGCAGACUACUUUGCUGUCCCUGUGCAGAACAAGAUGAACCCUGCAUAUGUGUUUGAGGUGGAGGGCAAGCCCCACUCCAUCGAGGAGCACUACCUGGAGGACCUGGGGCCCAUCCACCACUGCAGGCUCUCUCCUCAUCUCCUGGAGGAACCGGUGAUAACUAAGGAUAUGUAUGAAGUUGCUGUCUCUCUAAUUCAGAUGUUUGAUGACUUGGAUAUGAAAGAGAGCAGGAACAAGACCUGGUCGGGUGCCCAGUUUGUGUCGGAGCGAAGCAGUGUGUUGGUGUUUUUGCCAGGUCUGGGUGAAAUAAACUAUAUGCAUGAACUUCUCACAAACAUGGUUCACAGAAGAUUACAGGUCUAUCCGCUCCAUUCAAGUGUGACUUUAGAAGAACAGAAUAAUGUAUUUUUGAGUCCAGUCCCUGGGUACAGAAAGAUCAUUCUGUCCACCAACAUUGCAGAGAGCUCUGUCACGGUUCCAGAUGUCAAGUAUGUUAUAGAUUUUUGUUUGACUAGAACUCUGGUUUGCGAUGAAGAUACAAAUUAUCAGAGUCUGCGACUGAGUUGGGCCUCUAAAACCAGUUGUAACCAGAGAAAAGGCCGUGCUGGACGAGUGUCCCGAGGGUACUGCUACAGACUGAUCCACAGGGACUUCUGGGACAACUCCAUCCCCGAUCAUGUUGUUCCCGAGAUGCUGCGCUGUCCUUUGGGAAGCACAGUCUUGAAGGUGAAAUUACUUGACAUGGGUGAACCAAGAGCUCUGCUGGCAACUGCCCUCUCCCCUCCCCGUCUGAGUGACAUUGAGCGCACGAUCCUCCUGCUGAAGGAGGUUGGAGCACUUGCGGUCAGUGGACAGAGGGAAGAAGAGAACCCCCACGAUGGGGAGCUGACCUUCCUGGGGAGAGUCUUAGCCCAGCUCCCUGUCAGUCAGCAGCUCGGCAAGCUCAUCGUCCUCGGACAUGUGUUUGGAUGUCUAGAUGAAUGUCUGAUUAUAGCGGCAGCUCUCUCUUUGAAGAAUUUUUUUGCAAUGCCUUUUCGGCAGCAUCUCGAUGGAUACAGGAACAAAGUGAAUUUCUCUGGCAAUAGUAAGAGUGACUGUAUUGCAUUGGUUGAGGCGUUUAAAAUGUGGCGGGCCUGCAGGCACCGAGGAGAGCUGCGGCACCCGAAGGAUGAACUUGACUGGGGACGGUUAAAUUACAUUCAAAUCAAGAGAAUUAGAGAGGUGGCUGAAUUGUAUGAAGAACUGAAGAAUAGAAUCUCACAGUUCAAUAUGUAUGUGGAUUCUCGGCGACCUGUCAUGGACCAGGAGUACGGAUAUAAGCAGCGGUUCAUCCUACAGGUUGUAUUGGCUGGUGCUUUUUAUCCAAAUUACUUCACUUUUGGGCAGCCUGACGAGGAGAUGGCUGUGCGGGAGCUGGCUGGCAAAGACCCAAAGACAACCAUUGUGCUGAAGCACAUCCCGCCCUAUGGCUUCCUCUACCACAAGCAGCUGCAGUCCCUCUUCAGACAGUGUGGGCAGGUGCGCUCCAUCGUGUUUGAUGGUGCCAAAGCCUUUGUGGAGUUCUCACGUAAUCCGACAGAGAGAUUUAAGACCCUCCCUGCAGUGUACAUGGCCAUAAAGAUGUCUCAGCUGAAGGUGUCCCUGGAGCUCAGCGUGCACUCCGCGGAGGAGAUUGAGGGGAAGGUGCAGGCUGGGAGCGUGUCCAAGCUCCGCAACACGAGGGUGAAUGUGGACUUCCAGAAGCAGACAGUGGACCCCAUGCAAGUCUCGUUCAACACAUGUGACAGGUCCCAGACGGUCACAGAUCUCCUGCUAACUGUUGACGUCACAGAGGUGGUUGAAGUAGGACAUUUUUGGGGCUAUAGGAUUGAUGAAAAAAAUGCAGAGAUUCUGAAAAAGCUUACUGCUGAAAUAAACCAACUGAACUUGGCCCCCUUGCCUAGUCACCCACACCCAGACUUGGUCUGUUUGGCACCCUUUGCUGAUUUUGAUAAAGAAAGCUACUUCAGAGCUCAAAUUCUUUAUGUUUCUGGAAAUUCUGCUGAGGUAUUCUUUGUAGAUUAUGGUAAUAGGUCUCAUGUAGAUCUGGAUCUUUUACGGGAGAUUCCCUGUCAAUUUCUUGAACUUCCCUUUCAGGCUUUGGAAUUUAAGAUUUGCAAAAUGAGGCCAUCAGCCAGGUCUCUGGUCUGUGGGGAGCACUGGAGCGGCCCGGCCAGCCAACGGUUCACCUCCCUGGUGAGUGGCUGUGCACUCCUGGUCAAGGUCUUCUCGGUGGUGCACAGCGUGCUGCACGUGGACGUGUACCGCUACUCCCGGGUCCAGGAUGCCAUCAACCUCAGAGACGUGCUCAUCAGGGAGGGCCACGCCGAGCUCAUGGAGGAGUCCUACGAGUCCAAACAAAGCCAUGAAGUGCUCAAGGGCCUCUUCUCCAAAUCGGUAGAAAACUCGGCAGAGGGAUCUGUGUCGUCUCCCGUGAAGGAUGACGAGAAGCAGCUGCUACGGAUUCUGUUGGAGAACUUCUCUUCCAAUAGACUGGGGACUCCAAACUGCAAGGCAAUUCUCCAUGGGCCUUUUAACCCUUACGAACUAAAGUGUCAUAGUUUGACCAGAAUAUCCAAGUUCAGGUGUGUCUGGAUCGAGAAGGAGAGCAUCAACUCCGUCAUCAUCAGUGACGCCCCCGAAGACCUGCACCAGAGGAUGCUGGUGGCCGCGUCCCUGUCCGUGAAUGCCACUGGUUCAACCAUGCUGCUGAGAGAGACCUCCCUGAUGCCACCCAUCCCUGGCCUCCCGGCCCUCCUCAGCAUGCUCUUCGCACCGGUGAUGGAGCUAAGGGUUGCUCGCGAUGGGAAGUGCUACACCGGAGUCCUGUGUGGCUUGGGGUGGAAUCCAGCCACGGGGGCCCCCAUCUUGCCGGAGCACGACAUUGAGCUCGCGUUUGAUGUUCAUUUCAACGUGGAGGAUGUUGUUGAGAUUAAUAUUCUCAGGGCUGCUGUUAAUAAGCUAGUAUGUGACGGCCCAAAUGGAUCUAAGUACCUUGGACCAGAGAGAAUCGCGCAGCUGCAGGAUAAUGCCCGUCAGAAGCUCUUAGGUUUGUUCUGUCAGUUAAAACCAAGAGAGAAGAUUGUUCCUAAGUGGCAUGAAAAGCCGUACGAGUGGAAUCAGAUUGACCCACAGCUGGUGAUGGAGCAGGCUGGCCGGGAGAGCAGCAGAGGGAAGAACACCUUCCUCUACCAGCUUCACAGCCUGGCUGUGCUCAGCACCUGACCAGGGGUGGAUCCGGGGCCUGUCUGCAGCCUGUGCCCGCAGCUUCCAACCGGGUUCCUGUUCUCUUUGGGUGGUUGUUGGACAGUGGUGUUUCUGUUCCAGUGGGAAGGAUUGGGAACUCUAGUCUUUUCUAGAAACAGAAAAUCACUGUAUUAAAUAUUUUUGGAAAAAUUGUUCUGAAAGAAGACUUCAUUUGGAAAAAGAGCUGCAUUUUGCUUUGACUUUAUUAAGGUAAAUAUAAGUAGCUAAUUUUACACGUAUAUUUCCAGAAUGUCCUUCUAUAUUCUAAGUGAUUUAAACCUGGAGUACAGGAAAAACCAGGACUUCCAGUUUACCACAAGGAAAAACUGUGGUGUUUUUUUCUUUUUAAAAAACUACCUGGUAUUUUCUGAUUUUCUUUUUGUAUGAGGGAAAAUACCUAAUUUCGGUAAAACUAACUUCAGUUUUGUAUAUUUAUGAGUUUUAGUUACGUUGCAAUUCUUGGUCCAUGUUUUGGAAAUCAGAUUACCUGGCAAGAACACAUCUGU